GUUGUCAUCGGUUCGUCGCGGUUUAUCGUGUUCGAAUUAAAAAUAGAGAGUGGAAAUAAAGUUGUUCGAUCGAGUGUGUUAAUGUUCGUAGGUUAAUAUGUAUAUACUUGUGCCUUUCUUGUGUCUUCUUCAGUGAUCUAGUUUCUCGAAAACGUGACACGACGUUCGGAGGAAUCACGCGUGAUGUUUCGAAAGUGAUUUAGAAAAUUGACGAUCCUUCGUAAUUUUCCUUUCCUAAAUCCUAAUCCUUUUCCUUUUUCGUACCUUUGAUCUUUUAUCCUGAAUAAAGUUUGUCAUCAUUUUCAAAUCCUUCAACGGUUGGAUUGAUUUAUGUACAACGACAGAAACAAUUCGGAUCAACAAAUUUGGAAACAUAUCAAAAAUUAUAGAAGAUAGAGCAUGCCAAUGAAAAAAUGGACCUCAUCGAGCAAUAUCAUCCUAUUUUUUCUCAUUUGCACAAUAACGUACGUCCUUGGAAACCCGAUCCGGGAAAGGGAAAAACGAGAGGCGGAAAUAGCUGCGACAAAUUGGACACAAUUAGCGGACGAAUGGUUAAAAGAGAAAGCUAAAAAUUCGGAAAAUUUUGAUAUUGCACUUUUACCAUUUAACAGUAGAUUUCGUAAAUUACCACCAACUGCUGAUACCAUUUUUAUUAAUGAAACCAAUCGAGAUCAAUUGACAAGGUUAAAUUAUUCACGAAUGUUAUGGGAUAUGGAAAAUGUACAAUCAUCUGGACACUUGUCAUUAUUCGUGGAUAAAGCAUUAAAGUUAUUAGAUUUAAGACAAGUUAUGAUGGAAAUUGAAACUUCUGUGAUGUCUAAGGUUUCUUGUACAGCUUGUAAAGUCGGUGCUGGUUUACUUAAAAAUUAUAUAAAAAAUGGUAAAAGUGAUAAAGAGAUAUUGGCAAGUAUAUAUCAAUUCUGUGUAUCUCUCAAUAUUCAAAGUCCAAGAGUUUGUGAUGGUGUAACUUUGGUAUUUGGAUCCGAAGUAAUAUACGUUUUAAAACAAGUUGACAUGGGUCCAGCCCAAAUUUGUAGUUUUGUUAUUGGUGAUGCAUGCGAGGAUGCAUAUAAUCCAUUACACGAAUGGGAAGUUGCAUUUCCACCUGUUAAAAAGCCACCAGUUAAACCUCCUGUACCACCUCAAGAGAACGCACCUACUUUCAAAGUUUUACAUCUUUCCGAUACGCACUUUGAUCCUUAUUAUCAAGAGGGUGCAAAUGCUGAUUGUAACGAACCAUUGUGCUGUAGGCUUACUAAUGGUGCACCAUUAAUACCAUCAGCUGCAGCAGGUAGAUGGGGUGAUUACAGAAAGUGUGAUACUCCUAAAAGAACCGUAGAUCAUAUGUUGAAACAUAUUGCAGAAACGCAUCCGGAUAUCGAUUAUAUAUUGUGGACUGGUGAUUUACCACCUCACGAUGUAUGGAAUCAAACGAGAGAAGAAAAUCUUAAAGUUCUGCACGAGACUGUUACGCAAAUGAUUCAAAUGUUUCCAGGUGUGCCUAUAUUUCCAGCUUUAGGAAACCAUGAAAGUGCACCAGUUAAUAGCUUUCCACCACCUUUUGUACCCGAAGAAAAUAGCAUAGAAUGGUUGUACGAUGCAUUGGACAAACAUUGGAGACGUUGGUUACCUGCUGGUGUUUCGCAUACAGUUCGAAGAGGGGCCUUUUAUUCGGUCUUGGUUCGGCCAGGUUUUCGAAUACUUUCUGUUAACAUGAAUUAUUGUAAUAAUAAAAACUGGUGGCUUUUAAUUAACAGUACUGAUCCAGUUAGCGAAUUGCAAUGGCUAGUUUAUGAAUUACAAAGUGCAGAAAUGAAUGGUGAAAAAGUACAUAUAAUUGGUCACAUACCACCUGGUCAUUCAGAUUGUCUUAAAGUUUGGUCAAGAAAUUAUUAUCACAUAAUUAAUCGGUACGAAUCCACCAUAACAGCACAAUUUUUUGGUCACACGCAUUACGACGAAUUUCAAAUAUUCUAUGAUACUCGUGAUUUACGAAGAGCAUUAAGUAUAGCUUAUAUAGGACCUUCAGUAACACCAUAUUACGAUCUUAAUCCUGGAUAUCGAAUAUAUUACAUUGAUGGUGAUCAUCCUAAAACGACAAGGAUGGUCGUAGAUCACGAAAGUUGGGUGAUGAAUUUAAAGGAAGCUAAUCUUUACGAUUAUCCUAUCUGGAGUAAAAUGUACAGUGCUAGACAAUCAUAUCAAAUGGCAUCACUCUUGCCAAAAGAUUGGGAUUCGUUGAUUGAUAAAAUGUCUAACGAACCUUCUCUUUUUGAUCUUUAUUACAAACACUAUUAUAAGAAUUCUCCAGUAAGACCGCCAUGUAAUGACGAAUGUAGAAAACGUUUAUUGUGCGAUUUAAGAAGUGGCAGAAGUCAUGAUCGCAAAGCAUUGUGCCAAAGUAUCGAAUCAAGAAUUGACAAUGAAACGAGAACAGGAUGGAGAGCAUGGAUUUAUAACGGUUUGGCAUUAUCGAUGUCCGUCGUUAUGGCUAUUCCUAGAUUCGCGUACAAUUUACCCAAAUACGUUUUAGGUCUUGGAUAGAAGAAGAAAUUUCAAGUGAUAUAAAUAUAUACAUGUGUAGAUUAAAAAUAAAAAAGAAAAGAGAGAGAGAGAUUCAAACUUUUGUGAUGUUAAGUUAUCGACGAGAGAAUCGAAUAAUACAAAGUUUGUACUCUACAAUAAAAAAAAAAAAAAAGAAUUAACUGCAACUGAAUAUGCAGUGAAGAAGAAGAAGAAGAAGAAGAAGAUUCGUUGUGAGAACGAAUUGAUCAAAAUGACGUUGACCAAUUUAUUGGUCUAUUUGUUAAUAUUAUAUCGUUGAUCAUUUGGAUCAAUUAGAUAAAUUUAAAACAAGUUUUAAAUACUUUCUUUUUAUUUUUUUUUUUUAACGAUAAUUUUAUUUAUUUAAAUAAGGAGCCGCAUAGAGAGAUAUAUCAUCUUUUGCAAAGAGAUGCAAAAUCACGUGAUUACCUCAAUUUUAAUUCUUUAUAAAGUAAAAAAAAAAAAA